UUGGACGGCAUAAAUCGUCGGCGCCAUCUUGUUACGGGAGUUAUUUCGUCUUCGGAGUGAAGAUGCCUACUUCAUGCGCCGCUUGGGGGUGCACCACCGUCAGGACGAUUCAAAUAAGAUCGCAAGGAAUUACCUUUCACAAGUUUCCCAAAGAGAAGCAGUUGAGGAGACAGUGGGAAGUGGCUGUGAAAAGGGAAGACUUUUCUGCCAAUGAGAGGUCAAUGCUCUGUAGCCAGCACUUUCAGCCGGAGGAUUUUGACCGGACAGGCCAAAAUGUCAGGCUCAGGGAUGGAACUAAACCAUCUGUGUUCAGUUUCCCAACACAUCUCAAAAGAAAAGUGGCAGCCAGGACUACACAGGCCUCAAGGAAGGCUGAAGCGAGCCUUGUAAUUGACUGUUCUUUACAAUCAUUACAAGUCACUGAACCUUCACCUACCUACCUUGAACACACUUAUGCAUUGCCUCCAUCUCCCACUCUUCUCAAGACUAGACUCAAUGAAGCCCUGGCUAGGGUGGAGAGUCUUGAGAAAGAGAUGAGGAACUCAAAGGCCCGAGAGUGGAGGGCGAAGAAGACGUGCGUUGUCUUCUGGAGGACCUCAGGGGGAAGAACCUCAUAA